GCUGGCAUGGCCGCCGGGUCUGAGGCCGCAGGUGGGGCUUGCAACACGCCUCCAUCUGCAUCGGGCAUGGCACACAACCCACGAGAGCAGCUGCAAUGGCAGCUGCAGCAUGCGAUGCACCCAGCUGAAGCACAGGGGUCUCCUGCCGCCAGCAGCUCUGCAUCGCCGACCGGCGAUCAAUAUCGGGAGCAG